AACCCUCUUCUUCUUUCCAUUGACAAAUCUCUCUCUCUCUCUCUCUCUCUCUCUAUAUCAACAGUAAUAGUAUACUUUAAUCCUCUUCAGUCGUCCUCGUUGUCGUGUUGAUAGAAAAGUGGGAUUCACGUCUUGGGUGGCUUCGAUCCUGGGGAUUCUCGAAAAUUCGAAGCCGAAAUUCGAAAAAGCAGAGGAAGAAGGAAGAGAUUCGAGGGUUGGAAGACCGCCCCCACCGACACGUUCUCGGAUAAAGAAAACUUUGGAGAUCUCUAAAGAAGAAGGAGCAGAACGAGCAGAUCGGAUCGUACUCGCUGUGAAUUUUGAUUGAGGAUGAAAGAAAAAGAGACAGAGACUGAGAUGGACAAGAAGGGCAAUGGCGAUAGUGAUGAUGAGAAGAAGCAGAAGAAGAAGAAGAAGAGGAAGGGGCUGGUGUCCCGGAUUUUCGCCUUCUUCCGGAUGAGCCGGAGCGACGAUUUCGAGAAGCGUCUGCAGUACAUCUCCAAGGAGGAAGCCGCCGUGCUCUUGCGGAUGAAGCGGCGGUCGCAAUCGUGGCGCCGUAUGGUCCGCCAUCUCAUUCUCUUCUCCCUCCUUUUCGAGAUUGUUGCAGUGGUAUAUGCCGUCAUCAAAACGAGGUCGGCGGAUCUUGACUGGAAAAUGAGGGCUUUUCGGGUCUUACCCAUGUUCCUCUUGCCUGCUCUAUCUUUUGCAUCUUAUUCUGCUCUUGUCAGCUUCACGAAAAUGUGUGAUCGCAAGGACCAAAAAACUCUUGAGCGGCUUCGGGAUGAGAGGCAAGCAAAAAUUGAUGAACUCAAAGAGAGGACUAACUAUUAUACUACUCAGCAGCUAAUUCAGCGAUAUGAUCCUGAUCCAGCAGCUAAGGCAGCUGCUGCAUCUGUCCUGGCAUCAAAAUUGGGUGCAGAUUCUGGCUUGAAGGUGUUCGUAGGAGACGAAUCUCAGUCUGUUGCUUCAACAGGGAAGAGCAAUGACGUUGAGCUCAUGCAGUCCAGUGGGCUACGGAAUAGAAAAGAGUUGCACAAUAGGGCAAGCAGUGAAGGGAGUACCAUGACGCGCCAAUCCGAUGGAGGGACACCCACUUCAGCAGCUGAGCAUGAACAAUUGGUCGUCGAUCACUACCAUUCGGAUGGAUUGUCGAUGCAGAACAAUGGAUGGAUGGCUCGACUUGCAGCAUUGCUUGUGGGUGAGGAUCCAACGCAAUCUUAUGCACUCAUAUGUGGCAACUGUCACAUGCACAAUGGGCUUGCUAGGAAAGAGGAUUUCCCGUACAUCACUUACUACUGCCCACACUGCCACGCCCUUAAUCGGCCAAAACAGUCGGAAGAGCAUGUCGCUGGGUCUAUAUCCCCGGACAUGGGUUCCUUGAGGAUGGGUACCGGAGGAGACACGAUUGACAAUGCCGCUGGUUCAGUGAGCGACAGUGUGGCCACAACAUCUGCCACUUUAGGGGCUGCUGAGGUAGUGGAAGAACCAGAAAAGGUUGCAUCGGGCGAUUUGGCUGCUAAGGAAUAGUGAUGCAUGCGCCGCUUCUGUUUUUUUUUUUUUUCUAAUCCCUUUGUGACCUGUUUCUGUUUGCCUGGGACUUGAUGGGUUUUGUGUAGGAUGUCUAGCUUGGUCGUAACGUCGGAGUGUAUACGCGUUUGGGACAGCAUACAGAGAUCACGUGGAGUGGUGGUUAUGAGA